AUGGUCGUGCAGCUUGGUGGAGAGAAUGACGGAUAUCAAAACUUGAUUAUCGAAACAUUGUUGAAAUUAGGUUCAUAUGGGUGCAGUUGGUGUGUUCCCUCAAAAGUCUCUUCAACUCCAAACGAACACGAGAAUUUGGUUGAAUUUCGUCUGAAGCCAACCGUUUCCAUAACUGUUCUUAGUAAUACUACUGAUCAUCAACAUUUAUCACUAUUGGUCAAUGUUUUGGUGACUGUUGCCCAGUACUAUUCAUUGACACAAAGGUGUACCUGUAGUUGGCGGAAAUUUUUAACACCUGAUGACUUCAUUCGUGCACAGGAAACACCAGUAAAAAAACCAACAGAUCGAGAGAUUGAGGCUAUCCAAAAUUACGGUUUGUUUGAGGGUGAUAUUGAGGGAAUAGACGAUCCCCAGAUGGCCUUCAUGCACGAUCAAUAUGAUGAUUCUUACUAUGGUGAUAUUUUUCGGUUACCGUUCCACAGUGCACUAAAUUUGGCCACAUACCCCGAGAAGAUAUGGCCCGAAGGCAUAAUUCCUUACGAAAUCGAAGAAACGAUGUCAAAAGAUGAACGUGCAGCCAUAGCACAGGCCUUCGAUGAAUACAAACAGAAAACUUGCAUUCGAUUCGUGCCAAAAACAGCAUACGAUUUCGACUUCAUCUAUAUCAAAACCAAUUUCGCUUCAGGAUGUUCGUCAUAUGUGGGUCGUUCUGGCGGUAAUCAGACAGUAUCAUUGGAGGUUGGGAAAUGCUUUACGAAGGGUAUCAUAGCGCAUGAACUAAUGCAUGCGCUCGGCUUUUUUCAUGAACAUUCCCGCACGGAUCGUGAUCAGUUUGUAGAGAUUCUAGAGGAUAACAUCAGACCUGGUUAG